CGGCCGCACAGCUGUCUUCUCAGCCGGGAGAGCCCGGCGCGGGAGGCGCGCGUGAGGUCCUGCUGUGCGCGCGCCCGCCGCUCGCUGGCCGCGCGGCCCCUCGGCCCUCUUCGCCCUCCGGGUCGUGGCACCCGUCCCUCCCCUCCUCUCCCGUCGCCGCCCGGGCCGGGACUGGGGAGACGGGCAGGGGCAGGGCGGGAGCCGCGGGACGAGCGCCUGAGGUGCCCUGGAGAAGCCAUGGAGUUGAGCAGCAAGAAGAAGCUACAUGCCCUUUCCCUGGCUGAGAAGAUCCAGGUGCUGGAACUCCUGGAUGAGUCCAAGAUGUCCCAGUCUGAGGUGGCCCGGCGCUUCCAGGUCUCCCAGCCCCAGAUCUCACGCAUCUGCAAGAAUAAGGAGAAGCUGCUGGCAGACUGGUGCAGCGGCACAGCCAACAGGGAGCGCAAGCGCAAGCGGGAGUCCAAGUACAGCAGCAUCGACGAGGCUCUGCUCUGCUGGUACCACAUUGCUCGGGCCAAGGCCUGGGAUGUGACGGGGCCCAUGCUGCUCCACAAAGCCAAGGAGCUGGCCGACAUCAUGGGCCAGGAUUUCGUGCCCAGCAUCGGCUGGCUGGUCCGCUGGAAACGCCGAAACAAUGUGGGCUUUGGGGCCCGCCAUGUGCUCACUCCUCCGUUUCCCCUCGAGCCACCUCCUUCACGCCUCACGUCCCAGACCCAGCUGCCUCUUUCCCUGAAAGACUUCUCCCCAGAGGAUGUUUUUGGCUAUGCUGAAGUGCCCUUGCUGUAUCGGGCAGUGCCCGGCACAGUGGGUACAGGUGAUCAAGUACAGGUGCUGCUGUGUGCCAACACCAGGGGCACAGAGAAGCGACGGGUACUGGUCAGUGGGCUCCAAGCUGCACCAAGGUGCUUCUUUGGGGUCAGCAGUGAGGCUCUGCCUGCCUCCUACCACCCUGACCUGGGCAUCCCCUGGUCAGAGUGGUUGGCACAGUUUGACCGGGACAUGGGGAGGCAGGGCCGACAGGUAGCCUUGCUGCUGGCUGCCCAAGUGGCGGGGAAGUUGGCAGGCCUGUCUGGGCUCUGCCACGUGAGGCUCCUGCCUCUUUCUACCGCUAGCACCACACGUUCCCUGCCCAACUCUGUGGUCCGGGCCUUUAAGGCCUAUUACCGGCACCGUCUGUUGGGCAAGCUGACAGCUGCCCAGAGCGAGAGGGCUGGCACAUCGCUGGCCGAGGCUGGGGCAGGCAUCACAGGGCUGGACACUCUGCACAUGGUGGCGGCUGCCUGGGCCAAGGUGCCUCCGCAGUCCAUUGUAAGCAGCUUCAUUCAGGAAGGCCUGGCUCCCAGCAAAAUGCCCCUGUCCCUGGACAAAGCCUCUGAGCUGCCACCCGCCCCCCGCGGCCUGAGCCUCGAGGAGUUCUCCCGCUUUGUGGACCUGGAGGGUGAGGAGCCCAUACCUGGAGUGUGCAAAGAGGAGGUGGCCACUAAAGAUGAGGGGCCUGGUGAGGACAGCUUGGAGCCCCCGCCCACCAAAGCCGACGCGCUCCGGGCCCUGGGCACGCUGAGGAGGUGGUUUGAGUGCCAUGGCACCUCCCCGGAGCUAUUUGCAAAGUUCUAUGCCUGUGAGGAGGAGGUUGAGCGGCUCUGCUGCCUGUAAAGGCCCUGCUGCCCCCCAGAGCCCCUUCCUCUCCUGUUUCCCAUGGAAACGCCCUCGCAGAAGGCAGAUUGGAGGCUGGUCUGUUUCCCAUGGAAAUGGAGCUUUUGCGAAAGGUGUGGAAGGAAGACAAGUGGAGAGACCAAGUCUAAGCUCUGAACAAGUUACCCAAGCCCAGAGAAGAGAGGUCCAGGGGGUGGGUGGCGUGAGGGGCGUGAAGAUAGGCUACGUAGUUUCUGAACCUCUAGGGAGGCUGGGACUAGGGAAGGUGGAAUCUGGGCUUUACAGACAGGCCGACGCCUUGAACUCUCUGUUAAAAACAGUUCUGCUUCUGAAAAUAAAGUUUUUAAUGAGAAAAGAGGCCAGGGUGUAAUUUUCAGGGGAGAAGGAUGGAAACUUACAACUCGGAUUUUUAUUUUAAUCCUCCCCUGAGGAUAUGUUUAUUGAUUUGAGAGAGAGUAACAUUGAUGUGAGAGAGGAACAUCGAUCAGUUGCCUUCUGUGCUCGCCCCGAUCGGGGAUCAAACUUGGAACCUAGGUAUGUGCGCUGAUGGGGAAUCGAACCCGAAACCUUUUGAUGUACGGACGGGACGAUGUUCCAACCAACUGAGCCACUUGGCCAGGGCUCAGCUCUGAUUUUUAACUUGACCGCUGAGGGUUGCCACCACACAGCUCUCUGGAGCUGUCUGCGGAUGACCAUAGGGGUCCUCUUCUCCCAGCAGGAGGGAACCCCUGGGCAGGGGGACUCUCACCCGCUAGCAGACAGAUCCCAAGAAUCGCUCCACACUUUCUGCUGCUCUGCUGACUUCACUCGCAGAUUGCGGGAGGGGAGGCGAUGUGAGGAGGAGGGAGGCAGGCUCGGGACUUCCUAGGGAUACAGAACGGAGCCAGAACUUGGAAUAGUCGUCGGUUCUUUUGCUUUUUCUGUCAUUCAUUUGAUCAUUUCACAACAUCCCUUCAGCAAGACCUGUGUGACGGAGGAGGUUGCAAAGAUGAUGUCCCUGCUGGGCAGGACCUUGCAGACAAUGACAGUGGAGUGUGAUUCUAUGCAAAGUGCUGUGGCCCUGUAGAGCCUGGGAGACUCCUGGAGGAGGUGAGUGCUGAGCUGUAGCUGGAAGGGCAGACAGGAAUGGGAAGGAUAUUCCAGGCCAAGGGGCGGGGCACGGAGUCAGGCAUUCCCACCAGAGCCACGGGGAGGCCCCGAGAGCAGGAGGGGCAAUUAGCCCACCAGGCUUAAUGGUGGGGCACCCCAAGGGUUUCCCUUAGAAAAGGACAGGUCGUUUGUGGGGUUCUAGAAAACAGACAUGGAAGGUGGGUCAGAGAUGUGAGACCCAGAGGCAGAGAGACUGACUGGUCCAGACGGUGAAGCCUGAGCCAGAUCAUGAGAGUAAGAUGGCAAGAGGAUGCUUUUACCUGGAAGGGAUGUGGGCUCUGAACACAGACAGACUCUGACUGGUGAGAA